AUGUCGCAGAUUCAGGAGCACAUUAUCCAGGAUGCGCAGAGUUCGCAAUUCAAUCUCCAUGCGACUGCAACGUCGGAACAUACACAGCGGAUUUUGAAUUCUAGUGAGCAGCCGAUUUUGGAUGCGGACGUUAUUGAGGUUCAUCCGGAGCCUGGUGCGAGGCGGCGGCAGCAGCAGGAGCAGAUGGAGCAGAUGGAGGAGGAUGUGUCGUUGGUAUCAUUUGUACCGUUGGAACGGCUGCAGGUGAAUGGUAUAACGAGCAACGACUUGAAGAAGUUGCGGGAACACGGGUUGCAUACGGUAGAGGCGGUGGCGUAUGCUCCGCGCAAGGAUCUGAUGGAGAUUAAGGGGAUUUCUGAGGCCAAGGCUGACAAGCUGCUGUGCGAGGCGGCUCGACUGGUUCCAAUGGGGUUUGUGACGGCGGCGGAUUUCCAUCUGCGUAGGGCUGAGAUGAUAUGUCUGACGUCGGGGUCGAAAAACCUGGAUACUCUGCUGGGAGGGGGCGUGGAGACAGGGUCGAUUACGGAGCUGUUCGGGGAGUUUCGUACAGGGAAGUCGCAGCUGUGUCACACACUGGCGGUUACGUGCCAGAUCCCCUUGGACAUGGGCGGUGGCGAGGGCAAGUGUUUAUAUAUUGAUACGGAGGGGACGUUCCGGCCAAUCAGACUGGUGUCGAUUGCGCAGCGCUUUGGCUUGGACCCGGACGAUGCCUUGAACAAUGUUGCAUACGCGCGUGCAUACAACGCUGAUCAUCAGUUGCGGUUGCUUGAUGCAGCGGCGCAGAUGAUGAGCGAGUCCCGGUUUUCGCUGAUCGUGGUCGACUCCAUCAUGGCUUUAUAUCGUACGGACUUUUCUGGACGCGGUGAGUUAAGCGCCCGGCAGAUGCACUUGGCUAAAUUCAUGCGUGCCUUGCAGCGUCUUGCCGACCAAUUUGGCGUAGCCGUUGUCGUGACAAACCAGGUUGUUGCCCAAGUCGACGGUAGUGCAAUGUUCAAUCCUGACCCGAAGAAGCCGAUUGGCGGGAACAUCAUGGCCCAUUCGUCUACCACCCGGCUUGGUUUCAAGAAGGGUAAAGGAUGCCAGAGGAUCUGCAAAGUGGUUGAUUCCCCUUGCUUGCCUGAGGCAGAGUGUGUGUUUGCUAUAUACGAGGAUGGGAUAGGAGAUCCAAGGGAAGAAGACGACGAGUGA